AUCCAAUUUGAUUAUUUUCUAGGCUUGAACCUGUGUAGAAAUGAAAGCCAGAUAAUGUGUUACAGUUCCGUACUCCAGGAUAUUCGCAUAAUGAACUCAUUCUUGGAAUGUCAAAACUCCUGUCCAACAGAAUGCAGUUCCAGCGAGUUUCGUACAGUUCAGUCAACAGCAUUGCUAAACACCAAGCAUUUAGUUGAUGAUGCGAAUGAAUACUGCAAACACGAUAACAAAUCAACCAGUAUUUGUCAAGAGAUGACAAACAUGUCAGACGCACAAAAGAUACAGUAUUUUAGAGAGAACUUGGUGUCMAUAAACGUAUACCUGAAAGACUUUUACUUUGAAGAGGUCAGACAGGUCCCUGUGUUUGGAUGGUCUGAGCUAGUCAGUGGAGUUGGAGGUAAUUUUGGUCUUUUCCUUGGUAUGAGUAUUUUAACAAUCAUGGAGUUCUUUGAAUUCCAGCUACGACAAGUCUACUACUAUGCUACUCUGGCCUGGAAAAGAUGAUAUAAUUCAAUACGUAACAAACCUACCGCAACUUCAAUUAAUCCUAGAUUUCAAGGGCUGUUUCUAAACUCGUUUUACCACUACUGGAAAUCUUGACGAUUUCUUCUAAUUGGUAAAAAUACAAACUACAGUCGCGAGUUUUACUUUUUGGCUGUACAGCAAUGCAAGGGAGAAA